AUGCCUUCGAACAAGUCGUUCCGCACCAAGGUCCACCUGGCCAAGGCUGCCAAGCAGAACCGCCCGAUUCCCCAGUGGUUCCGCCUCAAGGCCGACUCGAAGAUCCAGUACAACGCCAAGCGACGCAACUGGCGUCGUACGAAGCUUAACCGUUCCGUUCUGUCGAAUUUGGCCCUCCGCGAGUGUCUGGCUGACCUUACGACGUUCCGCAGUCUAAUCGGGUUUCGAGCGGCCUCUUCCGACACUCCCUGCGCCUUUCCCGCCUUCCUUUCGCCUCUUUACACUCCUCAGCGAUCUUUUCUACCCUCUACCACUUCCCCGUACCCGCCAACAUCGUUCAUUCGACUCGGCGGCUUCGGAAAGGUCUGGAGGGAGACGGGCGUUCGUUCGGAGGUGGACGAUGUGAGGGUUGGGUUAGGAGGGUUGUAG